AUGACUUUAGAGUUUGAGAAUUUGAGGUUCAGUUGAGUAGAAUAGUUUGGUGUAUGACAUUUGUGUGUACGAAAGAUUAAUUACAAUUAUUGAAAUACUGUUUACUCAUUUUAAUUGUAUGUAUUUUUAAUAAUAAUUACAAAGAUUGUUUUUCAAAAUGAAGGAAGAAAGAAAUGUGGACACAAUGUAAAAGGCACGAUUGAAUUGUUGGCCUAAGUGCCGUAAGUGCUCUUAAUGCCAAAAAGGCUAACUUUUGACAAACAUGAAAGGUGUCUUUUCUCUUUUAAUUUUGGUCCAAAUAAGUGGGAUUAUAAGUCAUCCCUGUCCAGAACAAUGCAUGUGCAAACUUAUUGGUGCACAAGCAGAAGGGUUACGUGUUAAGUGUGAAGGACAUAUACAAGAGAUUAAAGAAAUCAAUAUCGAUGAAGUCAGUGUAGAAUUAGUACAAUUGGAUCUAUGUAAAAAUGAAAUUCUUAGUAUAGAGGCUAAUAUUUUUAAGAAUUUAACAAAUCUGAAACGUUUGGAUUUAUCUGAGAAUAAAAUUUCUUCCAUAGAUGAGGAUUGUUUUAACGGCUUGGAAAAUUUAGAAAAAUUGGAUUUGAGUAAAAAUCAAAUUUCUACGAUAGAUACCUAUGCCUUUAAACAAUUGUCUAAUCUAAGAAGACUCGAUUUAUCGGGAAAUCAAAUAAAUACGGUGAUGCCAUCUUUAUUUAAUAAUUUGCUGAAUUUAGAUCGCUUAAAAUUAAGUGGAAAUAGUCUAACGACUUUGAAAGAAGGCACAUUUCAUAGAUUAAAGUUACUGAAACAAUUAGACCUAUCCAAUAAUCCGUGGAAAUGUGAUUGUGAACUUUAUUGGUUUCGUUAUUGGCUUCACAAUACCUCUAUCAGAUUAAGUCCACCUGCUAAAUGUGCAUCACCGGUAAAUAUCAAAGGGCAGCUUAUUAAAAAAUUUAGAUUAUUAGAAAAUUUUCAUUGCCAAUGGGCCUCACCGUCUGUUGAAUUACGACCAAUUCAAAACCAAGUAGUAUUUGCUGGAGAUUCGAUAACUUUAAAGUGUAGAGCACCCAGCAUUAUAGAUGAUAAAAAUGCAAGAUUAAAUUGGUUAUGGUAUCCUAAUACAACUACUGAAAUUUUUGAUCUUGAUGUAUACAAAGACCCACAAAGUAGUUUGCCUAAUAUUAAGAUCGAAAAUAGAUAUCUUUCUGACAGUGGUAUUGUUGACAGUUCUCUUAGUAUUAUUCCAGUAAAGGAUGAACACAAUGGACAAUGGAAUUGUUUUUUAACUUCUAUGAAUGGAAAUAGAUCUAAAGAAAUUAGCGUAAUAGUUAUAUCUGAACAAACUCGUUACUGUCCUUUAGCAGUUACUAGAAAUAAUAAAGGAAUGUAUACAUGGCCUAGAACAGUAGUAGGGUGGAAAGCAGAAUUGCCUUGCGAAGGUAAUCUCUUAUCGAAUUUAAUGCAAGUAUCUUUGAGGGCAACAUAUCAUUGCAAUGCAACUGGAUUUUGGGAAAACUUAAACACAGACAUGUGUCCAUUUGUAUCACACACUACCAAAGUUUUGGAACAAUUUUCUAAAGUAAACCUAUCUCUUACAUUAGGCAACUUAUUAGAGACAGCUAAACGUUUUAAAAAUUACACCAGCGAAGGUGUUAAAUUGACUGAUCCUAUAGAAAUUAAUUUUAUUACAUUAACAAUAGAAAAUUAUUUAAGUUUUUUGAAUGAUGAGAAAGAACUGGGUAAUAUGCUUAUUAAUGUUGUUGAAGCAUUAUUGAAUUUACCGAAAGAGAUGUUAAAAACUGCCGAAAUUAAUUAUAAAUCAUGCUCAAGAUUAAUUAAAGCUACAGAGACGAUCACGGAAUUCACUCCAACAAUACAAAUGCAUAAAAAAAAUAUGGCGUUGGAAGAAUUUAGAGUUAAACGGGAUAGUUUUACUGGAUUAAUGUGUACUUGGUAUACUAAUCUUAAUCCUACUAAUGAUUUAGAUAAACGAUCAUUACAUUGUACAACAAAUAACAGAACAAUUCCUGUCAAUACAAAAGACAAAAUAAUUGAAGCUUCAAUUCAAUUACCAGCAACAUUAUUACAAAAUGUACAAGAUGCCAUAGUAUCUCAUAAACUUAUGAUUUCAAUGUACAAUGAUAAUAGAUUGUUUCCUAAAAUUAUAAAUAUUGACAAUAUGGACAUUUCGACGUCUGUAAUCGGCAGUAAAUUGAUCGGAUUAUCAUUAAAGAAUUUAUCUGAUCCAAUUUAUAUUAUGUUAAGAGCUCCUUUACAUCAUUAUGUUGGUAAAAAACCAAAACCUGUAGUUUGGGACGAGACAUUGAAUGAAUCUGGUGGAUGGAUUAGUGAUGGAUGCCAAUUAUCAAAUUUAUUCAAUAAUUUAAUAGUAUUCCAAUGUAAUAGAUUAGGUUAUUAUGGACUUUUACAAGAUGUUUCGUAUCUUAGUCAGGAUGGUUUUAGUAUAAAUGGACCCAAAUUUAAAUACUCGAAUCCUGCUAUAUAUAUUGGGACUUUCAUUACAAUAACAUGUUUGCUAGUUACUUCAGUGACAUAUAUUGUAUGCUACUCUUCUAUUAAUAUGCCAAAGAAAGUAAAACAUUGCGUUAUUAACACUUGGUUUGCUAUGGCAUUAUUAUCAUUUCUGUAUAGCAUUGGUAUUCAACAAACUGAAAAUAUUCAAAUUUGUCAAAGCAUUGGUCUUGUUUUACACUAUCUAUCACUGAGUUGUCUGUUAUGGAUGGCAACAUCUGCUAGUAAUAUGUAUAAAAAAUUGUCAAAAUCUGACAUUGACAUUAUAUCGGAUGAUGAGCCACCAGAUCAACCUAUACCUAAACCACUAUUAGGUCUUUAUUUGGUUGGCUGGGGUAUAGCUUUAAUAAUCUGUGGUAUAUCUGGUGCAAUUAAUCUACGGGAAUAUGCUGGAUAUUCGUAUUGCUUUCUUACGAAUGGAGCUGCGCUUGCUGCAUUAUUUAUACCAGCUGGAAUUUUAAUUGUCUAUAUAAUCAUUUUACACUUGUUAAUUAGAUGUGCUAUUCGAAAUGUAGAUACAAAUGCUCAAUUAUCUGAGAGUACUCAGGCUACAGAAAAUAUGGAUUUAGAGUUACUUGAGCCAAAUAUAAGUCCAGUCGACAGAAAUAGCGCACACAGUACGCAAACAGUUUCCUCGGAUAUCGAAGAUUCGGAACAUUCACAAAUUGCACAAUUAAACGGCCUGACAUUGACUUUAAUACUAUAUUUAAUAUCUUGGUUUAGUGCUGCUGCAGUAACUAGAAAACCUUUCAACUCUUAUAUUCCUUUUGUAGAAAUUAUAUUUGCUAUUGUUUAUGCAAUUUCUACUAGUUCACUUGGUAUAUUUAUAUUUUUAUUUUACGGAAUUGCACGUAACGAUGUACGAUCACAAUGGUUGAAAAUGCGUUGUUGGCUUCAAAGGAAAAAAAAUCGUUGUUGUAGAACACGAAGUGUAUCGGAUGCAAAUCCUGUUAUUCCAACUCAACAACCAUUAGUACAGAAUAUCGUAGCGCCUCUUUCUAAUUCCCAAGCUACACAAGUGACUUCUGAUACAAACUCUGUGAGCUCUUCAAGACAGACUGCAAACAGAUCUCAUACAUGUAAUACUUCAAAAAUUACAGACCUUGUAAGUAAUCAAGAUCCUGCAAUUAUUGCAGCAAAGAAGGUACCCAAUAUAAAUUUAUUGGUAUUGCAUCGUCAACAAUAUCGAUCAAACAACUCUGUAACUACCUAUACAGAACAGGGAGCAACAUGUGUUGAAAUGUUUUACAAUCCACACCAAAGUGGAGUAGCAAGGAAAUUUUUUAAAAAACAACGGCGACAUACAAAACACAAUAAUCUUGGUCCUAGAAAGCAAGGCGAUGGCGGUGGCACAAGCGAUGGUGGUAGUUGCAUUUCUAUACCACGACCUGCUGUGAAAGUGGAAAGUAAUAUUGAACGAAGUAUUUUAAGUAGUAGUGCUAAAGUAAAUAAUACAAAUAUACAUGUAGAAUUGAAAGCAAUUAGUGAUACAAAAAACGUAAAUAUUCUCUCUGAUAGUGGUGGUAGUAUCUCUGAAGAAAGAAAUGUUCCAAUGCGUUUUGUCAUUGGACAAGAUAAUCUUGUACGAAAUGUAAAAAAGAUAAAUAAUGAUUGCACAAUGCAAGAAGAAUUUACAAGAAAUAAUGCAUUACCGGAUUCUCCAAGAAGAAAUUCGUGUCAAAGAUUAUAUUCUAAAUCUGUAACUGUUCAUGAAUCUGAUCCAGAGAUGAAAACUGAUGAAGAGAGAUACUUAAAGAGUGUUUCACAACAAUGUAGUUUAGAGUAUAGUUCUGAAAUAGAUUCUACUACACAAAUGACAAGCGAAAGAAGCGAUCAGAAUUUACCAGAUAUCUGUGAAACAGCAGAAAUGCUAGACACAGGAAGAUGUUCCAAAAUGAAUGAUAGUGCUCUAGAAAUAAAAACUAAGCCAAGUACGAGGUGGUUAUUUCAGUCUAUGAGUAUGCAUAAUCUUCCAUUAAAUCAUACCAAACUAUUUAAAAAGAAUCAUCGCAGUUCAUUAAAUGAUAUUACAACUAAGAAUUGUGAAUAUUCUAAACAAUCUUUCACAAAUUUAACAAAUACAAGUAGUUGUAAUCUCUUCGAUAUAGUUCCUGAAUCAAAAAAAUUAAAUAGUAAAUCAGAACAAUCUUUGACUGAAAUAAAUAGUUUUAUCAGUGAUAAUGCAUUUGCGUUAGUAAAUGUAGAACCAUCAGUUUCUAAUGAUGUAGUUAAUAUGGUUGAUACUUCCAAUUGUAGUGAUGAAUGUGACUUCCAUUUACUUCAAGAAUUGCAUCUAUCAAAUUUAGAACAAAAUAAUAGUACAUACGAUUUAACAAAAAAUAUUGAAUCCAAUUUUUAUUGUCUAACAGAUAUUGCUUCUUCUGAAAAUUUAUGUACGAUGACUCCUAAUUUUGAAUCUGUAAGUGAAACAGAAAAUAUACCAACUAACACGAUUUUUGAAAAUGUACAAGAACAUAUAGCAACUGAUUUAUAUGUAGAUGCUUCAGUAAAUCAUUUAUCUAUAGUAAAAAAAGAAACAAGUGUAUAAUGUUAUAAGAAUUUUUAUGUGUAUAUUGUGAACAGCAUAUUUAUUAUUGUCUUUUCAUUUUUA